AUGUGUAAGAUCUGUGACGGAAUCAGUCCUACCGGCCAGCAUCGACGGCCAGCACAACGCACCGUCGUGUUACCCCUUUCCGCUAGUCAAAUCCGCCCUCCAUUUCCCCCGCCCCGACCCUGGAUUCCUUGGUCCAUCCCUCUCUCCGCCACCUCCCCCCACCCAAUUUACCCCCCCAACCAUCCAACUACCCCCAACUGCACCUCAUUCUCUCCAUCCCCACUCCCCCUUUUCACCCAUCCGUUCUCCCACCUUCCUCACAUCACCCACCCAACACCUCGCAUCAGCACCCCCGCUUUACUCGCCCAUCAUCUCCCCCAACCAUCUUGCCCCUCAUGUCGCUGUUCACAUUCCGUUACGGACACAAGGCUGAGCGAUAAGGACGUUGGCGGUGUGCGUACUGUCUCAGCUGUUUCUGUCAAAGCCAACUAUCUCCUGAGUAGCCGACAUGGCCAAGCAGCAGACAGUUACCUCUUUAAGCUGGUCCUGAUUGGUGACUCUGGUGUGGGCAAGACAAAUCUUGCAUCCCGUUUUGCCCACAAUGAGUUUCACGGAGAUUCAAAGGCCACUAUCGGCGUGGAGUUCCGUUCUAAGACAAUGGAAAUCGACAACAAGGAGAUCAAAGCCCAAAUCUGGGAUACGUCAGGGCAGGAGAGGUAUCGAGCGGUGACCAGCGUGUAUUACCGCGGAGCCCUUGGCGCGCUGUUGGUGUACGAUAUCAGCCGGCGUAGCAGCUUCGAUAACAUUUCGCAAUGGCUCCGGGAAGUUCGAAGCCAAGGGGACAACAACCUGGUGGUCAUGCUGGUGGGCAACAAGACGGAUCUCGCUCAUUUGCGUGCUGUGCCUACUGAAAAGGGCUUGGAGCUGGCUGAGCGGGAGGGCAUGUUCUUCAUGGAGACAUCAGCCCUUGACGCCACAAAUGUAGACGAAGCGUUUGAGACAGUCAUUGCUGAAAUCUACAACCACGUCAGCAAACGCCUUCCUUCUCAUGAUGAGGAGAAUGGGAAGCUUAACCUAUCCGCCGGGAAGAAGCUGAACCUUCCUGAUGAUGGGAGUUCUAGGGGUGCGUGCUGCAGCAACUGGGGUUGA